UAGCUCACAGUCAGUAUCAGAAGUCGAAAAGAAUCUCCAUCUUUCUGAGCAUGCAAGACGAAGUCGAGACAGAAGAGAUCAUCAGGGACAUUUUCCGGCAAGGGAAGACCUGCUUCAUCCCACGGUACCGGUUCCAGAACAACCACAUGGACAUGCUGAGACUGACGUCCCCCGACGAAAUUCCGUUACUUCCCAGGACGUCCUGGAAUAUCCUUCAGCCUGGAGAGGAUGAGGUCCGGGAGGAAGCCUUGUCCACAGGGGGACUUGAUCUCAUCUUUGUGCCGGGUCUUGGGUUUGACAAGCAUGGCAACCGGCUGGGGAGGGGCAAGGGCUACUACGACUCCUACCUGACGCGCUGUCUGCAGCAGCGGGACUCGAAGCCCUACACCGUGGCCUUGGCGUUCCGAGAACAGAUGUGCCUCCGGGUCCCCGUGGACGAACACGACGUGAGGGUGGAUGAAGUCCUUUAUGAAGACUCCACGUAGAUCCCGAUGCCUGCGGCCCGGAGAAAAGCAGAAUACGUGUUUCCCCUCGUCACGAGGUAGCGUGCGUUUUGCCCACUCAUGGUGAAUGUGGACUGCAUUGUUUCUAGUGGAAUUGCAAACGCCUCACAU